AUGAUAUCCGAUCUUCCAAGGGAUUUGGCGGAGGAGGUGCUCUCAAGGCUUCCGGUGACAUCUCUGAGAGGAGCGCGAUCUACCUGCAAAAAGUUGAACACUUUAACGAAAACUCGGAGCUUUAAAAAGAAGCACAUGGGUGGAUCACAGAAGAAGCAGAGGAAGGAGUUUGAGGUGGUCAUGAUGCUCGAAUAUAAGGUUUACUUGAUGAGCGUCCAUCUCCUCUGUGAUCCAUCAUCUAUAGAGCGUAUUGGUAAACUCGUUAGCCUUGGCGAUGAUGCAGAUAUAUCUAAAAUCUUUCACUGCGACGGUUUAUUGCUAUGCGUCUCCAAAGACAGAUCUACGCUUGUUGUUUGGAACCCUUACACUGGGCAAACAAGGUGGAUCCAACCCAGAAAUUGUUACCACAGAUUCGACAGGUACGCUUUGGGAUACGAGAGGAAGAACAGUUCCUCGCUCCGUAGCUACAAAGUCUUGAGAUUUGUAGAUGAUUACGACUCGAGAGUGAAGCACCGAAUCACUGAGUUUGAAAUCUACAGUUUAGACUCUGAUUCGUGGAAGGUUGUUCAUGUGAAUCCGGAGUGGGAUAUUGAGUCUUCUCAGCGUGGCGUGUCUCUCAAGGGCAAUACUUACUGGUAUGCUCAAGAGAAGAUCCCACUGGAUGGUCCAUCAGAGAUAUCAGACCAACGUGAUUUCUUACUCUGUUUUGAUUUUACAACGGAGAGAUUUGGACCGCGCCUGCCUCUGCCUUUCCACUGCUUUGAAGAUACAGUGGCUCUAUCUAGUGUUGGAGAAGAUCAGCUCGCGGUCCUGUAUCAGAAAUGUGAACCUGCAUACACCCUCAAGAUAUGGAUUAGUAGCAAGAUUGAGCCCAAUGCAGUGACGUGGAACAAGUUGUUCUUAGCUGUUGAUAUGAGCCCGUUCACCGGGUUUCCGUUUCUUGAUAUCGGUGGGAGUUUCUUUGUCGACGAGGAGAAGAAUGUAGCGGUGGUUCUUGAUAUAGACAGAGGUAAACCUUGCCCCACUCGUAACACGGCUUACUUCAUUGGCGAAAAGGGAUACUUCGAAAAAGUGCAUCUCGGAGGUUCUGCAAACGCAGAUUGUUGGCCACUUGUAUGCUCCUAUGUUCCAAGCUCGGUGCAAAUCAAGCAAGCUUCACCACACGCCACCAGAAGAACACACCCUAAUUGCCUAAUUUGUUAA